AAAGAUUAUCAUUACAUCUUAGGACUCUUCCUUUGUAAUACAACAACCCUCACCGUCAAACCACGCGUUCUCUGCUUCUCUUUCUCUCUCUCUCUCUCACACCGAAUACUUGUGUUUCUCUUUCUGGCUAUAUUCAAUUCAUCAUGUCGAGCUCGUCGGAGUACUCUGAAUUUUCCGGCCAGAAAUCGGCCAAGUCGCCGGAGAAGUCGAGCUUCUCUCAGACUUGCAGUCUGCUGAGUCAAUACAUCAAGGAGAAGGGUAGCUUUGGAGAUCUCACCCUCGGCAUGACAUGCAACGCCGAACCAUGUGGGUCACCUGAGACUUCUUGUCACUCUGCUACAACAAUGAACUUGUUUCCUACCAAUGAAAACAACGUUACACCAAAGAACCUGACAGCCAUGGAUUUGCUCUCUCCACAAGCUUCCUAUCGUCCUUCAGAGGAGAUUCCAACCUUGGUUAAUUCCAGUGCACUGAAGUCUGCGAACAAGGUUGCUAAAACUGCACAGAUGACAAUCUUUUAUGGAGGACAAGUUGUUGUGUUUGAUGAUUUUCCUGCUGACAAAGCCAAUGAGAUCAUGUCCUAUGCUAGAGGGAAGCCACAGAGUCAGAACAAUUCUGUUUUCACUUACACACAGAGCCAGCCUUCAUUUCCUCCUAGUUUGGUCAGAACUUCUGCGGAUUCAACUGCUCCAAUUAUUCCUACUGUCACUAUUACCAACACCAUCCAUGAACACUCUCAACCAUCAUCCAGGCCUGUUGUUUGUGAUCCACCAAUUGCUAGAAAAGCUUCACUCCACCGGUUUCUGUUGAAGAGAAAGGAUAGAAUUGCUUCCAAAGCUCCAUAUCAAGUACCAAACGGGCCAUCAACUGAGUCCAUGCCACCAUGGCUUGGGUUGAAUGCUACUUCACCUAAAAUCUGAGAGCAGCUACAGAAUAUAUAAUUUUAAGCAUAUUUUUGUUGUGAAAAUGCUAACUAGUCAGAUGUUUUUUGCCAGAUUUCUUCACUAAGUUUCUGGUUAUAUUUUUUUCCUGACUGGGUAGCAUUAUUACUUUUUUUUUUGUAAUGUUUUUUACAAUGUUUUAUGGGCUUUUUGCUUUGUUUGUCAUAGUAAUUUCGGCUCUGCUGGGCUAUGUCAUAGAUCUAACUAUUUGUUAGUUGUUGCUGCUCUAAUUAUAGUGAUUCAAUAUAUUCAUUGUUAUAUUAAA